AAUUCUCAUAUCAAGAAGCUGGAAGGGGAGAGUUUCCGAUCCCGCUCUGCUUUUCCAGGAAGCAGGAAGGCACACCUUGUAAUCACCAACAGGAGGUUGUUGUGCAUAAAGGAGGUGGAGAUUCUUGGGCACGUGACCACAGACUGGGAUUGCUUAUACGAAGACUUCACUCGCCACCCCGCCGUGGUUGAAAAUACACUACAAAUCUUCGUCAAAGAUCACGGGCUCUUGAAGUUCCACAAAAAAGACGGCUCAGGACAGGAGAUGCUCAGGAAGAUCCAGUUCAGUGAUGCAGAGUCAGCAAAGCGGAUGUGCCGUGCCAUCAACGAAGCCCGAGCAACAAGGCAGCAGCAGAAGUUGGUGAAGCAGGCGUCUCUCAAGCUGAGCAUGCCGCAGGCACCCUCUUAACUCGCCGCCAAUUCGUGGAGACCGCCUUCCUCCGGGGAGUGAGUUUCCCAGAAAGGAGUGGGGGGGGUGUCUGCAGGGGGUUCCUCCGCCUCCCCGCCCCCAGCCACCUAAACCCCAACCUUCACCGCCCUAGAAAUCACCGCCACACCUUAUUGAAAAUCUCGGUGUGUAAUUAUUCCCUGCAGCAAAAAAAAAAAAAAAAA